UCCAGUGAUCUGGUCCGUCCGAUACGCUAUAGAGUCCCUCGGUCGUCCGAUGCAUACACGCCCCCCCUGCACACCCGCUCGCGAUCCUUGUUUUUCCUCUCCUGUUCAGAUCCAAAAAACCCUAGCCUCAUCACCAUCCUGGUGCUCGCCUUCGGCGUGGUGUUCCCGCCCAAGGCCACGGCCGACGACGCCGUGCUACAGCGGUUCGCGCUGGCGCCCGCCGACCCGGCGUCUAACUCCAUCAUCUCCUUCAACGUCACCGCCACGGUGUCGCUCCGGAACCCCAACAUGUACCGGGCCAUCGAGUACGGCGCGCUCGCCGUGACCUUCUCCUUCAACGGCACCCGCUUCGACGACUCUGCGUCCGUGCCGGGGUUCAAGCACAAGGCGCGGAAGACGGCGACACAGAGCGUGAGAGUCGGCGGCGUGGGCAAGCCCAUCAAGCUGACCAGACCCGGGGUGGGUGAGUUUCGGGCGGAGAACGACACGGGCAGCUUCGGCGUGGAGAUGCGGCUGGACACGGUGCUCCAGCACAAGGGCCGAUCCCACCCCACCUUCACGCCUCCUCGCGUCGUCGCAACCGCAGAUCUGGCCAACGGCCCCCGACCGAUCGACCCCCCUCUCCCCCUCGGCGCGGCGAGGCACAGGUGAGGCUCGUCCUGUUCCACGGCUUCUUCUGCUUUGGUAAUUUUCUUCUUCCCCAACGCCAUCAUCCCCAGCGAGCGGCCUCACAACAGCACUAACCAGGGAGGGAGCCCCGUCCGUUCCCGUCGUCCCGAGCGAGCGGCCUCACAACAGCACUAACCCAACCUCUUCACGCUCUUCCGGGACUGGGGGUGGCGGGAUCCUCAGCUGCUGACUCCAACCCCCUUUGAUUUAGUUUCCUAAUAAUUAAAAACAUGAUAAAUAUGUCCCCCUCCCUCUGUUCCCCUUCCUCUCCCCGUGCAAUUCCCACGACCCUGCAUCCAGUUAGUUGCGUUGUGUAUUAGGGAACUCCACGCGGGAGGUCACAUCUGCUCGUCUCAUUUAUAUUAGGGAACUGAUUGUUUCUUCAAGACAGGAGAUUUGUUCCUCUUCUUGCUUCUCUUUUUCCAAGAGAUUGAUAGCUGUUGUAGUGUUGUGUACUUGUGUGUGCUUUGAAGAAUAUUUGUAGGAGUGGAGAAGUUCAAUUGGAUGUGCAGAAAUUUCUGGAAAUUUGCAAC